AUGUUGGACGAACUGGGCGUUAAGCUUGAGGAACUCUACGAAAUAGCAAGGGUUUACAGUGUCAUUGCCUCACUUAAUCAACAUUCAGUAAGUGAAGAGGAAUGGACGUCGGUGCUGAAAAGGUUACAUAGUAUAGUUCGAUAUGGUAGUUGUAGUAAAUUUACGUCAAAGUUGCUUCAUAAUAUUAAUUCUUCCUGUAGUACCGAUAAACAUAAAUCAGUAGAAUCAGUAGCCGCACAAGGUAUCAAAAAGAGUGUGGAACAGGAACUCUCAAUGACGAAGAAAAUUACUCAGAAUGACGUUUUAUUAAUUUUACACAAAUUGGUAAAACAUCCAGUUUCAUGGGAUAUUUGUAUAGAAAAGGAAUUAGAUAGAAUAAAAGGUGAUGAUAGUUUGGCUUAUAUAUUGCUUUCACAUCAGAUUCCACUUGAGAAUCACUUUAUGUCUUUAAAGGGAGUCUUAGAGCAUAGGACACAUUUUGCUAUUAUUGAUUUAUCAUCCUGUUACCUUGGAGAUCAUCGUAUUUCAGAAUUGUUAAAAAUGUUAGCUAAUGAACAGCACCUUCGUCUCCUUAUGUUGGAUUUUAAUGAAAUUACUUCACAGGUUUUACCCUUAUUUGAAACACUUUUAAAUCCUGAAAACGCUCAGCGUUGUGCUAUUACUAGAUUUCCGUCACUUAGAUUAUUAAGUUUAAAUGGCAAUCCAAUUUCUAUGCAAUUGGAAAAUCUACGUAAUGUUUGGAAAGCACGAUUACUAUUUAUGAUGCGUCCACAUGCUCCAUUAAGUUCUACUAUAAGUAAUUCCAUCUCUUGCAAAAGAACAGAAUUACAUUCUAUACGUGUGCUAGUAUUAGAAGGUAGCGGAAUGGAGGCUUACCUCCAAGCUUUAGCAUUGCGCAACUGCGGUAGUAGUAGUAGUAGUAGUAGUAGUAGUAGUAGUAGUAGUAGUUACGGUUAUGAGGAAUUAUGGAAUAGAACAAAUGUUUUUUGUGCAGCUUCUUUUGCAACUAUAGUAGCAGCUGCAAUGGUGUUAAAGAUACCAGUGAAACGUAUAGAAGAAUGUUUUGUUUCUAUCGCACAAAAUGUAUUUAAUUUUUCUGGAAUCUUUCUCCCUUUUCGAACUAUGUAUAAGUGGUGGAAUGGUAAUAAUUAUUACUAUUAUGUUAGUCACUUGGAUUCUGUAUUACGAGAAUUAUUUGGUACAGCAAGUGAAAUGACACUUGCAGAGAUUGAGAGUACCACAGGAAAACAUCUUAUCUUUUUUUUAGCGUCAUAUAUGGAUUCUACUAGUCAAGGAUUUGAUAGUAAUUUUUUUUUCAAGCAAAAAUUUAUUGCUAUCCGAUCAUGGCCUAAUGGUAUUCAAAGUGAUGAAAUGAAUCCCAUGUGGCAUCGUUGUUCAUUAAUAAAGGUAUUAUUAGCCUGUUGCUGCUCUCCUGGUUUGAUAGGACCUUUAGUUCAGUUGGAAGGUAUAACCGUACGUGAUGCUUUUACCGUCCCUGUACCUCAGCUUGUUUGUGAAUGUCUGGAAUGCACCAGUGGGACAUGUAGUAUUCAUUUUGAGUUUUGGCAUCCCCGUGAGACAGAAUCUACCGUUGAUGGUUCAUCUUAUUCGACGAGUCUUUUACGUAAUCCUCUUAUUUUUCAAGAAGUUAUAACCUCCACUGAAGAAAGUAGCUUAUCAUUGAUUUAUUUUCCUUCUCCGUCGAUGCUUACAGUCAAGAGACGACAGAGUAUUGAAUGGGUGGCUACAGUGACUGGUAAUGAAGGUCAUAUUAUCUGUAAAGAUAUUGCCAUUAAUAAUAAUAAUAAUAAUAAUAAUAAUAAUAAUAAUAAUAAUAAUAAUAAUAAUAAUAAUAAAUAUUAUUCUUCUUCUGCGGCUCUAAUGGCUGUAGGUCGACUAAGUUACAGUGUUCGUCUACUUUUUAAACCAACUAGGCAUGAAGUUGUUCAGUAUAAUGAGACAGAUUUGCUGUUACUUAAGGAAACCCUCCCUGAUGCGCUCUCUAUACAUUCAAUGCAGUUCAGUGCUAUAGGAGUUGUUGCAUCUUGA